AGCGCAAGGAGUCCUCUCGUCUACAAAUCGUGAACCGAAAGCUGAGUGCGAUGAACAAGCUGUUGAUGGAGGAGAAUGACCGGCUGCAGAAGCAGGUUUCCCGUCUCGUCUUGGACAACGGGUAUAUGAAGAAUCGACUCCACAGUCCUUCUGUAGCCACCACCGACACAACCUGUGAGUGCGUGGUGACAAGUGGUCAGCACAACCAACAACCCAGCAGUUCUGCAUCCUCCACAAAGGGAUGCGAACAACCCAGCAGGUCUACUCGCUAUUGCUGAGGAGACAUUGGCAGAGUUCAUGUCCAAGGCGACUGGAACUGCUGUCAACUGGGUGCAAAUGGUUGGGAUGGAGGUAAUGUACUUGUUUUUCU